UAACAACAUGAGUAUGUCCGCGGUCAUUUGAAACAUUGUAGUGUGCUCACUCGUUUUUCCCUGCAUACUUUGAUGUGUUUGUUUGUUGACCUCAACGAGCAGGCGAUUGCAGAAGGAGAGACAUCUGUCAAAGGGAAGGACCGCACUCCAGUACAGGAAGCUCGACUAUUUGUUAUUAUUUAGCAGAAAUAAUGCUGAUAUUUGUAACUCAUGUCGCACAUCUAUGAAGAGAGAGCCACAAUGAUAGCUGCAGGCGAAUUGCAUUCGAUUGUCCCAUUCGAUCGUGAGCAGUGCAAAAAUCACCCAAAUGCCGCGAAUCUCCAGCUGCAGCAGCUCCAGCCAGCCUGCGAGCUCUGGUCCUCUGACGGGGCGGCUGGACUCACAGGAUCCCUUCAGGUCGUCACUCUACAGGACCAUGAGAAGGAGCGCUGGCAGCUGAGGAAGGGAGCUGCUCCUGAUGAGGUUGAAAAUGAGGAGGAGCUGUAUGUGGCUGGAAACAUGGUCAUAUGGAGUCGUGGCAGUAAGAAUCAAGCCUCAUGGUGGACAUCCCAGUUCAGCAGGUACUGGACUGUCUCAUUUCACUGCCACUCACUGCCAUUUCAGAGGAGAUCUUCCAGCAAAGCCAUUGUCACUAGCAGCCGUCUCUUUGAGUCCCGUCUCCAGUAUGUUUCAGACAGCGCUCUGAGAGUGGUGUUCACCAGCCACGAGCCCUCCAUUAUCAUGACUCGGGCUCGUUCACCUGGCAUAUCAGUGCCCUCCUUCUCUGGAGCUCAGCGCUUCAACAUGUCCUGCCAGACGCCGUCCCCACGAGGCCACAGCAUCCUGGCCUCACCCAACAGCACCCUGAAUGAUACAGCCCUGCAUCCAGAAAUGGAGCCAAUUCUUCCCGACCUCUGCAUUGAGCAGCUCUGGACAGAAACCAGCGCUAUCUCCAGAGAGAAAGGCUGCCAGGCCUCUAAAGUCUUCAUCACCUCUGACCUGGUCGAGUCUCACCAGCAGCUCAGGUGUGUCAAAUUUCUGGAGAGCAAUGAAACUUCUCAACUGAUAUUUGCAUCAGUGACCGUCAUCAAAGCAAAAGAUGCUGCCCCUCUUGAGGACAUUCAUACCAUGCUGGUGCUUGAGGCCAAUGGAAGUCUGGUCUUGUACACAGGAGUCACACGGGUCAGCAAAGUAUUUAUCCCUGGCCUUCUGUGUCCUACCUUCAGUGUGCAAAACCACCAGCCGCAGUUAAGCACCCCUCUGGAGAACAUCAGCACCCCUGCCAGGACCACAGUUCAGCGUAUGAGCCGGCUGGAGGAGGUUGGCAUGCCGUCUCCGGUGUCAGAGGUUCUCAGCUCGACACAGCACCACGAGUCAUCCCUAGAAGCCCCUCCAUUCCCUUCCCACCUGGAAGACCCUCCAUUCCAGCAAGCCGCACCUCACACCCGCAGCUUCAGAGACCCUGUCAGCAACAGUCACGCUGAAAUCCAAACAAACGAGGCCAAAUCAAACCCCAUGCACCGCUCCAUCCUCAGAUCUCAACAUCCUCUUCCUCUGUAUCAGCGUUGCCUGCAGGCCAUCAGGUUUAUUUUACCCAAGGACACUGCCAUGAAAGUGCUGGUCAAGUGGUACAACAGUUACAACGCCCCUGGAUGUCCCAGCAUGCACCUGGAGUGGAACCUGUUUGUUACAUGCCUAAUGACAAUGAUGGGUUACAACACCGAACGACUGACAUGGACACGCAAUGAUUGGGGAUACCUCAGAUGCUCUGACUACCACUGGCAGGUUUCCAUGCACCCCGCGGUGCCCCCCGGUGGAGUGAAUAACCAUGAGUCAACUCUGUGUUUGGAGUCGUCCGCCCUCCUUUUCCCUCACAUCCCGGUGCUCUUCUACGUUCUGCAUCUGCUCUAUGAAGACCUGAAGCUGGACGAGCUAAAGCGGAGAGAGGCGAGAGCUCUGGUCGGUCUGCUGCAACAGCUGGCCAAGGACCUUCAACUGGAGGAUUUCAUUGAUCUGUCCUGGCGCGAUUACCCCUCAUUCAUCAAAACCUUCAAGGAGGCCUGCGUGAUUGAUCAAGCUCAGAUGGAGCAGAUGACUUUGCCCGUGCUCCUGGACGGGGAAGCCCCAUGUGUGUUCAGCUGGCUCAGUCGCUGUCUGAGAGGGCAAGAUGUGGCGCCUUUUCCUUAUCUGCCUGGCAUCUGUGAGAAAACCAAACUACUGGUGCUGAUGAAGACGCGAUCUCGACAAAGGCUGUACACAGGGCAAAAGAAAAACACGUUUGAUCCUUUUCUUAGAAGGUACCUAUGGUUUAUGAUCAUCGUCAUGUGCCUUAUGUUUGUUUUUCUAGAUAAGCCUCAGCUCUUAAACACUAGAUUUACAUUGAAGGAUCUGGAGUCGGUUAAGUUUGGUGUGGCUCUGCCAAUCAGAGACACCAUCUACCAAUGCAGAGAGCAUCCCUGCUCUGAUUGGUCUGAGGAGGUCUGCGCUCUGAUUGGGCGACAGAACCUGACUAAACAAGCUCACAAAAGCUCCAGACCUGUCCGGGUCAAUGUGCCCCAUGAAGUUGGUGAUCAUGAGUACAUAGAGGAGACAGAGAACAAGCUGCGGCAGUUGUGCCAGCGCACCAUGGGACAGGGACUCUUUACUCUUUUCUCAUACCAUCCUGUGCCAACUGAACCACUCCCUGUGCCCAAACUCAACCUGACUGGCCGCACUCCUCCCAGGAACACCGUGGUGGACCUGAACACUUGUAACAUCGAUGUGCCGCCCAACAUGACCAGCUGGCCCAGCUUUCAUAACGGAGUGUCAGCUGGUCUUAAGAUCGCCCCUGCCUCUCAGGUGGAAUCUGCCUGGAUUGCAUACAACAAACCCAAAAGUGCUGACCUGGCCAAUGAAUACACCGGUUUCCUCAUGGCCCUGGGCCUCAAUGGCCACCUCACUAAACUAGCAACACUUAACAUCCAAGACUACCUCACCAAGUCAGGCCAGGCUUUGUUGAUACUUUCUGUGGUCGCUGAGCGAUGUCCACCUGGUCCUGAGAUGGAGUACUGUACGGACAGGGAAUCCUACUCCCUAGCAGCAGGACUCACACUUAGCAUGGUCUGCCUGGGACAUGGCAAUAACCUGAUCAGGAUGACCGACCUGAACGUGCCCGAGCAGCUCUAUUAGUAUAUGCUGGGAGGACAUCGACGCAUGCAUGCUAGCUUCAACAGAGAGAAACACAAGUCUCCCAGCUAUCAGAUCAAGGAGGGUGACACUAUCAAUGUGGACGUGACCUGUCCUGGUGCAACACUUGCCCUAGCCAUGAUUUACCUGAAAACAAACCAUAGGUCUGUAGCUGAUUGGCUGAAAGCCCCGGACACCAUGUUUCUGCUGGACUUCAUUGAGCCUGUGUUUUUGCUGCUGAGGACGCUGGCCAGAUGUCUUAUCAUGUGGGACGAGAUCUUUCCCAAUGCCGAAUGGGUGACCAGUAAUGUGCCUCAGAUCAUCCAAGAAAACCUCGGAAGCCAGGAGCAGACGUCCAUCUCUGAGGAUCUCAACAUGGAGACCUUAGUUCAAGCUCAUGACUAUAUAAUUGCCGGAGGCUGCCUGGCUGUGGGAUUCUGGUUUGCUGGAUCUGCAAAUUCAGAUGCUUUUGACUACUGCUUACUCCUUGACAUGGUCCUCCUGGCGGUUUCAGUGGUGAUGGCCGGUUCAGGGAAAGUCUUGCAGCUGUGCCGCUUCCUCCACAAACAUACCUGUGGCGAGAUGAACUAUGUCUUUCACAUGCCCCAUCACGUGACUCUAGGCCUGCUCUUCCUGGGUACACACUCAGCUAUUGCUGCACUCCUUUGUGCACUUUAUCCUCAUUUCCCUGCACACAGCUCAGACAACAGGUAUCAGCUCCUGGCGUUGCGCCACCUGGCUGUGUUCGCAGCUGAACCUCGUCUGCUGGUGUCUGUGGAUGUAGACACUCUUCAACCCUGCUACGCUCUGCUAGAUCUCACCUACAGGGAGACACAGUAGUAUGAAGAGAUGACCGUGGAGUUGAUGGCUCCCACCAUGCUGCCUGAACUUCACCUUCUGAAACGGAUUAAGGUAAACGGUCCAAGAUAUUGGGAGCUGAACAUCGACAUCAGUAAAGGAACCCAACAUCUGCAAUCCAUCCUAUCCAAAGACGGCGUUCUGUAUGUGAAGUUCCGCGCCGGACAGCUGCCCAACAAGGACGACCCUAAAGACUGGAAGAGCUUGCUGGCCCCCAACCUCAACAACAGAAGCGCUGAAGUGCGCACUCUUAAGCCCGAGGCCAUCUCAACCUUCACCUCAGACGCAGCUCUGGUCUCCUUCGCCUCGGAAAACAUGAAGCAUAAGCUGUCAGCAAUUCUGUAUGAAUGUGUGACUCAGGAAUACCCCGAAAUGCUGCCAACACACAUCUCUAUUGACCAGAUAACAGUCAUGUGCUACUUGAGAAGACAGCCGAUGAACAACGACACUGAUGUCAACAUGUUAGCCUGCUUCCUGGUCUACCAUUCCAUCCCCAGCCUCAAGAACAUGGAGGUGUCCGACCUGAAAGGAUGUUCCUGUUUUCCAGAGUUGCUGCUCAAGAGCAGUCAGUUGGGUGUUCCUGUACGUGCUCUGCUGCAUUUGAGUCCUCUGCUCCUUCAGAAACAUGAUUCUGGAGUUUAACCCACCAAUUCCUGGAGGUCAGCCAACCUUCUGCUUAACCAGGUACCGUGGAGUCAUGGGUGCCUUGUUCUUACACAGGAACUGUGGACAUUUUUAUCACAUUAUAGUGUCUCGAAGAGCGGAAAAAGAUUCCCUCAGCCAUAUUUUGACAUGUAAAUAGUUUGUAAUUAUAUUUGUAUUUCAGUCAAUAAAUAUGACUUGAAAUGGUUUUCAUAAAGUAUGCCUGGCUUGUAUUAAAUAAAAGAAACUUGUUCUGGUC